GUUGAUGCUGCUCUUUUGCCACGUCUGGCUACUGUAGUUUGUGUUAGUAUUUUCGGUUCAAGUGCUGGGUUUUCCUGUGCCGGCAUUAACUUAACUUGCCAAUAUGUAUACUAAACUUUUUCUAUUAAGUUUAUGUAUAGCUCUAAGUAUUGCCGAUGAAAUCACGAAAGAAAACAAUGUGUUAGUUUUGACCAAAGACAAUUUUGAUGAAGCAGUGAAAAACAAAAACGUUCUUGUAGAAUUUUAUGCACCAUGGUGUGGUCACUGCAAAGCACUUGAGCCUGAAUUUGCUAAAGCUGCUACACAACUAAAUGAAGAAAAAUCCGAAUUGUACCUUGCAAAAGUAGAUGCAACUGUCGAAACAACACUUGCUGAGCAACAUGGAGUUCGUGGGUAUCCAACUAUAAAAUUCUUCCGUGAAGGCAAGGUUAUAGAGUAUUCAGGUGAUCGAUCUGCUGAAGGCAUAAUACGUUGGUUGAAAAAGAAAGUUGGACCUCCUGCAGCAGAUUUGGCCUCUGUGGAAGCAGCUAAGUCUUUUGUUGAUAGUGCUGAUGUAGUCGUUGUUGGAUUUUUCAAAGACCAAGAUGGAGCCGAGGCAAAAAUUUUCAAAAACAUCGCUUCUGAAAUGGAUGACUUUGCAUUUGGUAUCUCUUCAGAUGAUGCUGUAUAUUCUGAACUUAAAGCAACAAAGGAUGGUGUUAUUCUGUUCAAGAAGUUUGAUGAAUUACGUAAUGAAUACGAAGGCGAACUGACUGAAGAUAACCUGAAGAAAUUCCUUAAGAGUAAUAGCUUGCCUCUAGUUGUGGAAUUUAAUCACGAGACUGCCCAGAAAAUAUUUGGUGGAGAGAUUAAAGCACAUAAUUUGUUAUUCAUUGGUAAAAGCAGCCCUGAUUAUGAAAGUAAACUGGAAUCAUUCAGAAAAAUUGCAAAGGAAUUCAAAGGCAAAGUUCUCUUUGUUACCAUUAAUAUUGAAGAUGAAGAUCAUGAAAGAAUUGUAGAAUUCUUUGGCUUAAAGAAAGAGGAAGCACCAACCAUGAGAUUAAUCAAAUUAGAAGAUGAAAUGACAAAGUUCAAGCCUUUGACCACUGGUAUUGAAGAGGAUGAUAUUCGUAGCUUUGUCAGUGGAGUUUUAGAUGGAAAAAUAAAACAACAUCUAUUAUCUGAGGACGUACCUGAAGAUUGGGACAAAGAAGCUGUUAAAGUUUUAGUCGGCAAGAACUUUGAUGAAAUAGCAUUUGAUAAGUCUAAAAAUGUUUUAGUUGAAUUUUAUGCUCCAUGGUGUGGUCAUUGUAAACAAUUAGUUCCUAUUUAUGAUGAACUUGGUGAAAAAUACAAGGACAGAGAUGAUGUUGUUAUUGCUAAAAUGGAUGCUACAACAAAUGAACUUGAACACACAAAAAUUACCAGCUUUCCUACUAUUAAAUUAUACAAAAAGGAGAGCAAUGAAGUCGUAGAUUAUAAUGGUGAGCGCACACUUGAGGGCAUAAGCCAAUUCAUUGAAACUGAUGGAGAAUAUGGCAAAGCUGCACCAGAUGAGGAAGAGGAUGAAGAGGAAGAAAAAGAUGACGAACAGGCAAAACGUGACGAGCUUUAAGCAUGGUCACAAGACUUAAUUGUCAUCUCCAUAACAUAAUACUCAUAAACAUUGUGUACCAAAGUUCGAGUGAUCAGAUCUCCAAGUAAUCAUCUGUCAUUUAUGCCAACGGCUGAAUUCCAGGGGUUGUAACAAAUCAAGAACUUUGUUCGAUAUUUGUGCCGAAUGCGUUCUAAUAAAGUGUUCGUUUUUUUUACUUAA